AUGCAAGUGGAUAGCCCAGGCCAUUGUGGACUACUUGGUGCUGGAAGUACACUUGAUGUCAACAGAAAUGUCAUUCUCCAGAAUCAAAUAAUCAAAGUAAUUUGAUGAGUUAUAAGUAAUGAUAUGCUACCUACAUAUACUAACAUGUUAACAAAAACCUAACAAAAUGUGCCAUUAUAUUUAUAGAGCACAGAAGUUAAGAAUUCAAAUGGAAUGGAAUUGGAAUCCCUUAAAAGACAACUUGCUUACCUUGAAGAGUCUAAUGUGGAAGUCAAAACGCUUGUCACAGAUAGGCAUACACAAGUAUCAGCCUACAUGGCUCAAGAAAGACCAAAUAUCAAACAUACUUAUGAUGUAUGGCAUUUAGCAAAAGGUAGAUGCUCGUAUACCGGUACAUAAAUAUUUCCAAUAGUUAGGGACACUGUCAUACGAGAGUUGCAUAUACCAGCCAUGGUAAAAAAUUUUCCUAUUAUGUCAUUUUUUAACUCACAUUGCUUUUAGGGCCCCUUUUCGUGUGGGACAUUUCUGUUCUUAUUUACAGCAGCCUUGCAAAACCUUAGUAACUGUUUCAUGUCUGCAUCUAUAGGCGAGAAGAAAAGGUUGCUGAAAAUUGCAAAAACCAAGAAAUUUCAAGCUAUAAAGCCUUGGAUUGUGGUACAGCUAUUAAAUUUAGAUACUCAUUAGUCUGGUAGUGUUUGCUAAAUUUGUGUAAGUGAUUGGCUGAAAUUAAAUUUUACUUCUUUUUGUCUAGUCUAUCAUAAAUCACAUUUAUUGGGUGACCAGUUCAAGCAAACAUGAAGAUGAAAAGGAGGAAAAGUGGUUGAGCCUUUUGAAUCAUAUUGUCAAUGUGCAUGUUCAUAAAGAUUUUGAACUUUUUAGGGUAUGCACCCAUGAAGUAUUGGAUAGAGAAUGGCUAAAACCAGGUAUGAGAGCCAUGCAUAGACAGAUUUUCAGAUUUUGCUGUGAAGGCAUGCCAAAAAUUCAGGGGGGGACUGAGCCAAAGGGAGCAUAGAGCCUGCACACAUUUCCUCUCAUUCAUAAAACUCAAAAAAUUAAAUUUUGGUUUCCAACUAGGUUCUGCAGCGUACAAGAAACUGGAAGAAAAUUUAACCCGACCCAGACUAAUAACGGCAAUUCGGAAGUUAUCAGAUUACCACCAAACAUCAUCGCUGGAAGCAAAACAUGCACUGGAUAACCAAUUUGCUACUAAAAAGAUAUACUACCCAUAUCAUUCUUUGAUGGCCAGGUUUAUAUAUUACCAAUUUGUGUGUUCUCUGUAAAUAAAUCAUGAGUGGUUAACCAUCUUUUACUUUUAGGUUAUUUUGCUCAAAUAUGCAUUUUAAUGAAAACUCACAAAGGAAACAAGCCAAGACAAAAGAGGGAGAAGACCGGUGGGUUGUCAUUUACCCAAAGGCACACAAAGGGGGAAAAUCUAUUGCAAGAAAAAUAAAAGAGGAAGCAACAUACAGUAAGUUUAACAGCAAAUACAGUAGUAUUAGUCAAUUCAUCCUACCUAUAUGCAUCUAUUUUACAUAUAAUUAUCUUCGAGUGUAUCAUGUUCUAUCAGGACGUGAUAGUACAGUACUAACAGUAGAUAUAGGUUGUUGGAGAUAAAAUACAUCUGUAAAGCCCACAGGCUAGUAAAACAAUCUAUCUUGAUUAUGCAUAUGCUUUUAUUGUUAAUUUAGAAUAUAUAGAGGCAGUCCAGCUUGAAAGUCUCAAAUUGCGAGCAAAGUACCGCACCCUAAAGAGAGCACAAAAACAUGCCAAUCAUGUACUACCUAAAGAACCAAUGUCACUUGUGGAGAAAUACCUGGGUGGUAAUCAAGCAGAAUCCAAGGCAUCUGUCGUUGCCAGGCGGGUAUAG